AUGCUUCGCGCGCCCUCUCGCCUCGCCGCGCCUCGCCUGGCGCCGCCCCUCGCCCUCUCCAACUCUCAUCGCCCUCCGCCGUUUUACCCGAUCCCGACAUGGGCAGAGCGCUUCCCAAAGGCGCUGCGGUGGACCCACCCUUACCUGUCGCUCGCGCGCAUGGACAAGCCGAUCGGGACCUGGCUCCUCUACUGGCCCUGCGGCGCGUCCCCGUGGGGCAUCACGAUGGCGGCCUACUCGUCGGCGCUGCCGCCGUCGGCCUGGGCGUGGAACCUCGCCCUGUUCGGCACGGGCGCUGUCGUCAUGCGCGGCGCAGGGUGCACCAUCAACGACCUGUGGGACCGCGACAUUGACCAGAAAGUCGAUCGCACUAAGCUGCGCCCGCUCGCGAGCGGCGAGGUCAAGCCGCUGCAGGCGUUGACGUUCCUCGGAGGGCAGCUCAGCCUCGGCCUCGCCGUCCUCACCCAGCUCAACUGGUACAGCAUCGCCCUCGGCGCCUCGUCGCUGUCGCUCGUCGUCCUGUACCCGCUCAUGAAGCGCAUCACGCACUGGCCGCAGCUCGUCCUCGGCCUUGCGUUCAACUGGGGCGCCCUCCUCGGCUCGUCGGCCGUCCUCGGCCAGUGCGACUGGACGGUCGCGCUCCCGCUCUACGCCGGCAGCGUCGCGUGGACGAUCGCGUACGACACGAUCUACGCGCACCAGGAUAAGACGGACGACGUGCACGCCGGCGUCAAGUCGACCGCGCUCCUGUUUGGCGACCAGACGCGCCCGAUCCUGUCGGCCUUCUCGGCGUCGUUCGUGUCGCUCCUCGCCCUGUCGGGAUACCUCAACGGCCAAGGCCCGGCGUUCUACGCCCUGAGCGUCGCCGGCGCGGCGGCGCACCUCGCGUGGCAGCUGCGCACGGUCGACCUCGACAGCCGCGAGAGCUGCUGGCGCACGUUCGCGAGCAACCGCGACUUGGGCGCCAUCGUGUGGAGCGGGCUCGCGGUCGACUAUGCGCUCAAGGUGGCGGCAGCGAGCGGGACUUUGUAGCGCGGCCGCAGCGAGGGACAGGGUGUGAAAGCGACGUCUCCUCG